UCAAGAAGCUCUUGAAGGCUUUCAAGAAGGAAUUCGCUUGCAACGGCACCCUGGUCGACGACGAAGAGCUGGGACAGGUCAUUCAGCUUCAAGGUGACCAGCGACAGAAGGUCAGCAGCUUCCUUAUCGAAGACGGCAUCCCCAAGCAGGACGUCAAGGUCCACGGUUUCUAGAUCCAUUCUGCGACUCUAGCUCCCUCUCCCCACCUCCCCUCUCUCUCCCACGAUGUGGCACGAUUCGACUUCCCCUUCCCCUUCCCCUUUAUGUCUAGCCUCCUCUUCCUCUUCUACCUCUACCUCUCUCCAAUGCUCGUCUCAUCGACAUGGCGCACUUCGACUGCCUCGGCUGCCAAGGAAACCUCGCAAGUCUUACUACGAUCAAGAAGAGCUCCUGUACUGUGACACAGACGAGGAGGUACAGGGACACGGAGAACAGGAGGAUUCGCCGCCUCUUGCCCCUCUCUGUGCAGAUGCGGAGACGGUCAUUUGGCGUGACCGGAAAUUCGGUAUGACUAGCGCUGGUAUUAGAGCUGGAUGGGCAAGGAGGAAAAGGAGGGGAGUGGAGAAGGAGGACGACGACGAGUACAGACAGCAGGGUUCCCCGAGGGGGGUGUGAAUGGUAGCUCUGUGCCUAUUCUGCGUUUGCGGGAAGCGCAGAUCGCGACGAGAGUCGCUACCCCCUGUCUCAAUCCGAUCAAUCACUGCCCCCAACCCUCCACAGCUCUAUUGCCACCCAAUACAAUACAAGC